UGGCAAUCAUCGCUCGCAGAGCGUAACCGAGUGGAGCGCUCUAUUAUGAGGAGAACAGGGAGGGAGGUGACACUUGGCAGGUGCUGAGCCUCGUAAAGGGGCAAGAACCUCCCUUGCCCACCAUCUCCUCCUCCUCCUCCCACCCCUUUUCGGAAAUAAUGGGCCGAACCCGGAACUCUGGCCCAGCCGUUCUCACGCACAUGGCAGCGGUCAGAGCGCAAAGAAUGUAGCCGGCUCCGCGCAACGAGGCGCGCGCAAGAUGGAACUCGCGGAAGUCAACCUGGCCGACGACGAAGAGCCGCCUGGAGGAGGAGGCAGGCGCAGCCGCGUAGGCGAGCCCGCCCGGGGCCGGGUGGGCAGCAGCGCGGACAGCCUGGCGGAGGAGGAAGAAGAAGAAGAAGAAGGGGAAGAGGAGGCAGCCUCCGGCCGGAGCCAGCGGACCAGCCGCGCGUCCUCCCUCGUGAGCGGCCUUCUCACCGAACUCUACAGCGCGGGGCGCGGCCGCCACCGCGACAGCUGGGACAGCUCCACCGAGGCGUCGGACGGCUCGGACGCCUUCCCGGGGGGCCGGGGCAGCAGCGCCGAGUCGCGCUGCCUGCAAGAGUUGCAGCGGAGACCGGGCCGGCGGCACCAGAGGAAGUACCUGGCCCAGAAAGAUAUCAAUGGAUUGACGAAUAUAAUACGAGAGCUGAAUUACAGAAUUUUUGUUCAGUCUGCAAAGCUACUUCGUCUUCUGAAACAAAAGGACAGGCUUUUGCAUAAAGUGCAGAAGAACUGUGAUAUUGUAACAGCCUGUUUGCAAGCAGUUUCUCAAAAACGGCGAGUUGACACAAAGCUGAAGUUUACACUUGAGCCAUCCUUAGGUCAAAAUGGUUUUCAACAGUGGCAUGAUGCUCUCAAAGCAGUGGCUAGGCUGCCAACGGGAAUACCGAAGGAAUGGAGGAGGAGGGUCUGGCUCACCUUGGCAGAUCACUACCUGAGGAGUAUAGCAAUUGACUGGGAUAAAACGAUGCGCUUCACUUUCAAUGAGAGAAGCAAUCCUGAUGAUGACUCCAUGGGAAUUCAGAUUGUGAAGGAUCUUCAUCGAACCGGGUGCAGUUCUUACUGUGGCCAGGAAGCAGAGCAAGACAGAGUAGUAUUAAAACGGGUGUUACUGGCUUAUGCCCGGUGGAACAAAUCUGUAGGAUAUUGUCAAGGUUUUAACAUCCUUGCUGCCCUCAUCCUGGAAGUAAUGGAAGGCAAUGAGGGAGAUGCUUUAAAAAUCAUGAUUUACUUAAUUGAUAAAGUGCUGCCAGACAGUUAUUUUGUCAAUAACCUUCGUGCAUUGUCUGUAGACAUGGCUGUGUUCAGAGACCUGCUAAGAAUGAAGCUCCCAGAGCUAUCCCAGCAUUUGGAUACUCUUCAGAGAGCUGCUAAUAGGGAAAGUGGAGGUGGCUAUGAGCCCCCACUGACAAAUGUCUUCACAAUGCAGUGGUUUCUGACUCUCUUUGCUACGUGCCUUCCUAACCAUACUGUUCUAAAAAUCUGGGAUUCCAUAUUCUUUGAAGGUUCAGAAAUUAUAUUGAGAGUAGCCCUGGCUAUAUGGGCAAAAUUAGGAGAGCAGAUAGAUUGUUGCGAAACUGCAGAUGAAUUCUAUGGUACCAUGGGGAAGUUAACCCAGGAGAUGUUGGAAGACAACCUCAUUGAUAGCAAUGAACUCAUGCAGACUGUUUAUUCUAUGGCUCAGUUCCCUUUCCCACAGCUAUCAGAAUUGAGGGAGAAGUAUACAUACAACAUUACUCCUUUCCAUGCCUCAGUAAAGUCAACCUCAGGCCGGCUUGGAAAAAUUAGAGACAGUGAUGAAGAGAAUGAUCUUGAUGAUGAAGAUUCUAUAGCUAAUGUCAUUGGUUGCCUGGGACCAUUCAGUGGGUUUCUGACACCAGAGCUGCAGAAGCACCAAAAACAAUUUAAAGAUCAUAAUGAGGAACAGAGUCUAAGGUCUAGUAACAUUGCAGAACUGAGUCCUGGAGCAGUAGAUGCUUGUCGAAGUGAAUAUCAUGCAGUCUUUAACAGUAUGAUGAUGGAGCGUAUGAACACAGAUAUUAACGCUUUGAAAAGACAGUAUUCCAGAAUAAAAAAGAAGCAACAGCAGCAGGUACAUCAGGUGUAUAUCAGAGCAGGGUCUGAAGAUAACGACCCUGGGAUAACAUUAGAUCCCAGGGACCAGCUGAAUAAUGAUAAAGGACCAGUUACCAGUCUUCUGCCUUCUCAGGUGAAUAAUUCUCCCGUGAUCAACCAUCUUCUACUAGGAAAAAAGAUCAAACAAAGUAACAAGUCUGCCAAGAAUGCUAUUAUUCAUAUUCCAAACCAUGCAGGAGGCAAGAUGUCCCCUGGGUCCCAUGAAGACCUUAAAACAAAGCUCAACUCUCCUUGGCGCACGCAUAUUAGGGUGCACCGAAAGAACAUAGCAAGAGCCAGAGGCCAGCUGGGCUAUGGAGAUACUAUAGGGCUGAUAGAGGAACAGAGUGAAGGUGGGAAAACCAAUAGUCCCAGUGGAAAAGAAGAGUCUCAAAGCAAAUCAGAAUCUCUGGAACGAGAAGGGAACGAAUUGGAUGCUGGGACAACCAGGAAACUUGAUGGACAGUCUCCUGAACCUGAAUGCCAAGAUGUCAGUGCCAGUGCCAACAUCUCAUCCGUUCAGCUGAAGCUGGAAGCAUUGGAACUCACUCAGGACAACCAAGAGGAGACUGAUUCCUUAUCAAGCCUGUGCUGUCAAACACACACAUCUGAAUCGCCAAGUUUGUCCAGUGACAGUGGAACAGUGCCAACAUCCCCCCAAGUCAGCACUCCCAAAUCUCAAGUCUUCAGUCCUUUUCCUAGUGUCAAGCCACUUAGAAAAUCUGCUGCGGCUAGAAAUUUAGGAUUAUAUGGCCCAACUGAAAGAACCCCAGCUGUGCACUUCCCACAAAUGAGCAGGAGCUUUAAGAAGCCCACAAAUGGUAGCAGUGGGAACAAAAAACGAUGAUGCACCUGCCACCCACACUUCCUUAGUAUUAUUGGCAUUAUUAUUACUGUUUUAGUUUUUAUUAUGUGUGUUUGUGCCCAAAUGAAUUUAUAAAUAAUUUAAUUAUUGCAUUGAAAUAAGAGAGAUAAGUAACAACUGCUGUAUAAAGUAUAUUGUUAGAACUCUGUGUUUUUCCAUAAUGCAGAACAGUAUAAGUACAUGGUGAUGCAUUCAGUUUUAUGUUAAAACAAAAUAAAUACUGACUUGCA